AUGGCGAAAGUGUUGCGCCUGCUGCCCUUGGCGUUGCUGGUGGCCUCAGCGCUGGGCCCCGGGGCAGGCGGCGCGGCCUUGGAGUUUGGGGGCGCAACAGGCCAGUGGGCUCGCUAUGCCCGGUGGGAUGCCAGCUCCUCGGGGGAGCUUAGCUUCAGCCUCAAGACCAAUGUCUCGCGGGCCCUGGUGCUGUACCUAGACGACGGCGGGAACUGCGACUUCCUGGAGCUGCUGAUCCUGGAGGGGCGCUUCCGCCUGCGCUUCACGAUCUCCUGCGCCGAGCCGGCCAGCCUGCACCUGGAGACGCCCGUCAAUGACGACCGCUGGCACAUGCUGCUGCUGACGCGCAACUACCGCGAGACCAUGCUCGUGGUCGACGGAGAGGCCCGCGUGGCCGAGGUCAAGUCCAAGCGGCGCGACAUGACGGUGGAGAGUGACCUCUUCGUGGGGGGCAUCCCGCCGGACGUCCGGCUCUCGGCCCUCACCCUCAGCACCGUCAAGUACGAGAUGCCCUUCCGCGGCAUGGUGGCCAAUCUCAAAGUGGGCGACACGCCCCCCGCCCUCCUGGGCAGCCAGGGCAUCCGCAGUGACACGGAAUACCUAUGCACCAAGCAGAACCCCUGCGUCAAUGGAGGGAUCUGCACCGUGGUCAACAGCGAGGUCCAGUGCGACUGCAGCCUGACCGGAUUCCAGGGCAAAUUCUGCAGUGAAGGUAAGAGGCUGAUGGGGAGCUGGGAGCUGCGGGUUCCUGUGGGACCAGGCCAGCGUUUAAAAUUUGCCAGGCGCAUUUUGCACCUGGCUGUUGACCACUUGCAACCAAGUGGUGAUGGCUGAGCACCAGGAUACUUGAAGUCUCCACCAUCUUGCAGUGCAUGCCUGGGGAUCCUUGGAUCUUGACUGUUUUCACAUACCCUGUAGAAUUCUAUCCGUUAUAGUUCAUCUGCAUCAUCAGAACCAAUUUCAGGAAUCAAAUAGUUGUACAGUCGUACCUCAGAAGUCGAACACAUUGUGAGUUGAAUGUUUUGGCUCCCGAACGCUGCAAACCCAGGAGUGUUCCGGUUUGCAAACGUUCUUUGGAACCCAAACAUCCGACAUGGGUUCCGCGGCUUCAGAUUGGCUGCAGGAGCUUCUUGCAGCCAAUCAGAAGCUGUGCCUUGGUUUCUGAACGUUUUGGAAGUUGAAUGAACUUCCAGAACGGAUUCCAUUCAACUUCCGAGGUACGACUGCAUUGAAAAAUAUGACUUUCAAGCCUUCUGGCCCCAAAAUGGCAACUAGGCAUUCCAUUUUGGCGACUGUAACCCUGGUUUAAGGAGCCAUUUGGCACCAACUUAUAUAUCUGAGUUUCUAACACUGCAUGGGGCUUGCGAGUGGGGAGUGUGAAUGCUUCCGUGGCCUGUACAGCACCUGGCACAUCAGGGAGAGUGUCGCAUGGUGGAAGGGGUCCUAAAAGUUGAUUCAGGCAAAGGAAACAGUAGUCUUGUGAGCCAAAUGCAAUCUGGUCCUCUCUCUGCAUUGCAGAAAAUUGAUGACCCUUUGAGUCCCUUCCAGUUCUAUAGUUCUAGGAUCCUCCUCUAUCUUUUCCGUAAUAAGGAGGAAGGGAUACAGGGCCAUCCUGCAGGGCUGUUGUAAUGAUGGCUAAAAGUAAAGUAUGUAAACAGUUUGAGGAUUUAAGAAAAUCUCUGUAUCUUAUUAGUAGAUCAUCAUUUUGUUGAGCCCCUUUGUGAUGAUGAGAAUAGUAAAUAAAUGAAAGAUGGUGGUGAUUUGUUAACUCUCAGAUAUGUUGAGGUCUGCUGGUGGUCUCUGUGAAGGGCGAGGGUGGGGGUCCCUUCUAGUAUCCUUAAGUUUUGCCUCCACUUCUUUCUGUAUUUUAUUCCGUUCUGUUCAUGUUCUUCCUUUCUCCCAGUGCAGGACCCCAGGCAGCUGACAGCAUAAAUUAAAACACAUACGAGAAACACACAAUAAAUGUAAAUAUGAAAAACAAGCAACUCCAUUAAAACAGCACUGAAAACACUCAAAAUAAUUUAAAUGCGUACACACACACACACACACACACACAGUACAAUAAAAUCUGUUCCCACCUCAGAAUACCUUGUCACAACAGCCAGUUAGUGGUCAUAGGCCUGUCAGAACCAGAGAAGGUCUAUGUUGGCAUGAGAAAGGAAAGCAGAGCAGGGGCUAGGCUAGCCUCCCAUGGGAGGGAGUUCCACAGUCUAGGAGCAGCCCCUGAGAAGGCCCUCUUGUGUGUCCUCCCCAAAUGUGCUUGUGAGGGUGGCUGGCUGAGAGAAAGGCCUCCCCAAAAAAUCUCAGAGCCCAGCCAGGCUCAUAUAUAGGGAUAUAACUAUCCUUUAGAUAGUCUGACCCCCCAACCUGUAUAGGGCUUUGUAGGUCAUAACCAGCACUUUGCAUUGUGCCUGGAAAUGGACCAAUGGAGCUGCUGUAAAAAGGCGUUUCUGUUCUCCCUGUAGCUGGCUCUGGUUAGCAAUCUGGCUGCAGCACUUUGGACCCCCUGAAAUUUCCAAACGCUUUCCAAAGGCAGUCCCAUGUAGAGAGCAUUACAGUAAUCUGAACGGGAUGUAACUAAGGCAUGUAUCACCAUGGCCGGAUCCGAUAUCUCCACGAUCCACCUUCUUCCCUUGCUGAGCCUUUUUUCGGUAAAAACUGAGGUGUCAGGACUCUUUAUCUUGAUAAAUUGUAAAAUACCUCUCCUAACCCCUCUCCUCUUCCUGUGCUCCCUCCCCCCUUCUCUACUGAAUACAUGAACUUUUAAAAAAGCUAAUAAAAUAUAAAAAAUACGUAAUAAAAAUCAAAAUGCAUACCGUUUUAUAGAUAAUGUUUAUUUGAGCUUCAAAGAAUUAAAAAUUCAGACUGCUGCCAAGGGCAUCAGUCACAAAAUGGCUGCUAUGGGGUGCGAAGCGCAGCUUAGAAUUAGAGAACAGAGUCAUGGCCAUUUGCCCCUCACCCACCAUUACCUUGUGGGUCUGUGCAAUAUCCUGCAGGUCUUGUUUGUGGGUCACGCUGUAUUUCCUCCUCUGUCCCUUUCACACUUUCCGCUUAGGAUAGCCAUGCUACUUUUUGAAAAGCCCACUUUUAAUUGGCCACUUUCCUUUUACAGGAAAAAAAGAGAGCUGUGGGACCUAAGUCCGUAACUUGGCCCUGGUUUGGUUUGGGGCUCCACACCCUUUCAUUGAUGGGAAUGUUUGGCUGUUGUUUGCAGGGGUGCAGGAGACCAUGCUCAGGUAUCAACCUCAGGCAGCUGUUGGGACCUCAGGACAGCCUGCUGCUGACACAGGCCCUGGGUCCAAGCAUUCUUAAGCAGCACUGGCUGGCUGGGUCCAGCGGCCAUCUUGAUUUCCCAUGAAACUCCUGGCAGAGCAUCCUGCCUUGUGGGAAAUUAAAUCUCAGCACACUGCUCCCUGCAGCCACCAGGACCCCCCAUUUGCCUGGGACCAGACCUUCCUUGGACUCCUUCCCUCCUGAACUGAGGCUUCCCAGACCCCAUAGGCUUCAGCCUUCCCUGCGCUGGGGGUUGCCAGGCCUCCAGGGGUGACCUGAAGUCUUCAGGUUCACCUGAGCUCCACCUCCCUGUGUCGCAUGGGGAGGACUUGAAUCUCCAGGUUGGCUCAGGGUGCCCUGAGCAGGUGAGAAAGAAUGAUUUGGAAAUACCCCCUUGAGCUAAGGUUUCUGUCUCUGUUUCCAACCAUUUGCUAGACUUUGUGUUUUUAUGUGAAUGACCUGCUGUCAGAGUCUGUGGUUUCUGACAGCACUGGGGUCUUGUCCUCUAGGGCAUCACCAGGGGCUGUCCCAUGGUCUUGGGUCUGGGGUGCAACUGACCUGGCAACCCUACCUGCCCUUCUUCAGCGACAAAAUAGCUCUCUGGGGUCUCCUGGGCUCUGCGCCUGCCCGGCAUGAUUCUCAGUCCCCAGCCAUCCAGCAAUGGCCUUUGAGCCCCACUUCAACCAUCGAUUAAGGUUGAUUUGAUUUCCCUCUCCCUUGUUCCUGAUACAGAUCUUCACUCACCCCUUCUUCCCUAGCCAGGGGGCGGGGAGCCAUUUUGCCAUUUGCUCCAGGUGCCAACAUGUCUUGGGCCAGCCCUGCUUGUGCGUCAGAGGAAACCUGGUCCCCAGCUAUUGCAAUUUAUCCAGCUAUUACUUAUCUGUUUAUGGCCCUGCCUGCUGCUCUGGCGAGCAGCCAGGAUGGGCUGCUGAGGGAGCCAAUUCUGGGGCAGCUGAUCUGGAAGGAUGGAAAGUCCAGGGGGGCCCUCCCCUCCCUGGGCAGACUCCAGUGCUGGAGCCCCUUACAAAAAAGUGGGGGGAGAGAGGUCCUGCAUUGGGAAGCUGUUCCCCUUGGGGGUGAGGGGCCCUGAUUCCUGUGGCUAUUCCAUGCUGCAUUCUGUGCAUGCCCAGAAGCGAUCCUUUUCCGUAUUAUUGCUGGGUGCUGAGCUCAUUUCCCCUCCUGUGCAGGUGGGCAAGGAAGGCAAGCAGGCUCCCUUCCUUUCUUCCUCCCUCCCUGACUCAGUGAUUUGGGGCCUUUUGUCCUCCCCCAGAGCUGAGAGGCACCUCCCUAUCUUAGUGGUGGCAGAGCACUUGCUUGGCAUGCAGAAGGCACCUGGAUCAAUCCCUGGUGAGGUCUAGGGUGGAAUUUGAGAGCCCCCCACUGAAGGUUAAGAGCAGACGGUGCUGGAUACGGUUUAGUGAAGUUAGGGAGGCCACUGUCCCACUUUAGAGAAGGCAGUCCUCUGUUUGAAGAGCUACCCAGUCCAAUCCUAGUUUAGAGAUAAAAAAAGGGGAGAGCGUAGGUGGGGGGACGGGACUUGAAGCUGCCCAUUCUACACUCAGCAGCACCAAGACAGCAGAGUGAGCAGGAAAGAUCCCAAGUCACCUGGUUAUAGUCUUGCUCCCCACUAUGAGGAUAUGUAUUGUCCUUCAAUUUAAAUUAUAGUAAUUAUUUCUAAAUGUCCAUGUAAAUUACUUGUAAAUUAGCAUAUGUACUUCUUUUUUUGCAAAUCUGUGCCCUUGUUUUUUGUUUAAGUUUCUGGCAAUGAGUAAUAGGCCACCCUGAGAGAAAUCCGUCUCAUAAUUGAAGAAAAAAGCGGGAAACCCUUUUGCACCUUCGCCCUGCGAACAUGGCCUCUUACCCUGUGGCAGGCUGUGGGAAGAGUGGUGCAUGUGGUAUGUUCAGCCCACCUUGUAAGCAAGGCCCACUGGGCAGGGUCAGGGAGGGUUCGGGACUCAGUUUCUCCUUCGUUCCCUUUGGGGCACACUGAAGGAACUUAAACGGGACACUGGUGGGAGGUGGCUCAGAGGUGAACUUCCUGGGGGGGGGGAUUCCAUUCAGAGGGCAGGUUCGGGUUGGGGGUGGGCUGGACUGUCUUCCUGCUUAAGGCCCAAGUGAUCACAGCUAAUUAUUAUUGCUAUUAUUAAUUUAUUAAUCGCAUUCUGCACAAUCUUCUCAAGGCGAUGCGCAAUAAAAACUGCAAGACACAGUUAAAAAGCACAAAUGCUUUAAAAAACCCCAAAACAAACAUAAUGUGAUACCAAAUAUACAUUCCUGGCCAAGAUCCAACCAUCCAGCAGGGGAAGCUUGUUGGAACAAAAAUGCAUUCCAUUGUUUCCGGGAAGUGCAGAUAGCGGGCGCCUGUCAUAUCUGGAGAGGGAUGCUGUUUCACACAGAGGCCCACCCCCUGCCAGUAACUCCAAGGUCACAUCAUCCUGGGUCUUUUCUCUGGCCCUCCCCCAGCACCCUUGUGGUAUGUUUCAUUAGUGUGAGUUGCCCAGAGCUGUGUAGAGGGGAAGGACCAUAGGACAGCUGCUUUGCAUGCAGAAGGCCCUGGGUACAAUCCCAUUGGCACCUCCAGGCGAAACCGUCAGGGAGCAGCAGGUGAUGCUGCUACACCUGAAACAUCCUCCAGGUGUUGUCCAGCUCCUAUUUUCGGCAGCCCUAACCACUAGCCAUGCUGGCUGGGCUUGAUAGGAGCUGGAGGCUAGCUUUACCUUCAUCCCUCUGCAACUGAAGUCAUAGAAUCACAGAAUUAUAGAGUUGGAAGGGACCUCUAAGGGCCAACUAGUCCAACCCCCUGCAAUGCAGGAAUCACAGCUAAAUGAUCCCUGACAAAUGGCCAUCCAACCUCUAUUUAAAAACCUACAAUGAAUGAGAGUUAGCCAUCUUCUGAGGGAGUCUGUUCCACUGUCAAAACAGCUCUUACCCUCAGAAAGUUCUUCUGAAUGUUUAUUUGGGAUCACCUUUCUUGUCAUUUGAAUCUGUUGGUUUGGGUCCUGCCCUCUGGAGCAGCACGAAACAAGCUUGCUCCAUCUUCCAUGGGGCAGCCCUUCACAUAUGACUCUCCUCUCCAUCCCCUCUUCUCCACACUGAACAUCCCCAGUGCCUCAACCGUCCGUUCCUCAUAAGGCUGGGUUUCCAGGCCUUUCAUCAUCUCGACCACCUUCCUCUGCACACCUUCUACCUUGCAAAAUAUUCUUCUUAAACUGUGGCACCCAGAACUGGACACAGGACUCCAGGUGGGGUCUGACCAAGCGGUACUACGACCUGGAAGAAAUUUGAGUUCCUGCUCUGAGUCUUCAUGGGCAUUUGGGUUCCUGACAACUUGCCGAUUCAGAGCCUUGAACAUGCCUGCCUGCCCAGGCGCCAUCCUAAGUUCUCCGUUCCCCUUUUUUCCCUUCCCAGCUCAGGGCCAAGGACAACAAUUUCAGACUCUUGCAUCGCAACCAGACGACGGGAGUUUACAUAACCCCUCGUCUCGCACAAGGCACCAAAUAGUGCUCGCUUACGUCAAGAAUACUCUCCCGCUUCUCUUCUACAUGCAGACACACAACACAACACCCACAUGCCGCCGGCACUUGGGCUCAGCCCACCCGCCCACUCGCCUGCUCUCCGGAAGCCUGUUGUCUGGAGAGGGAGGCUGGCUAGCAGAUGGCGGUGGCGGCAACCGACUUGGCCGGUUGCCGUGGAGAUGGGCUUGGCAGGGGAGCCUCUCGUGCAGCCGGAGGAGACACCAGGGCCGCCUGACUCCUGCCGCCGCCGCCACGGCUGUUGUCGGCCCUCGCAAAGGAGGCUGUCGUGACGGGCAGGCUGGGCGGCUGUUGCCUAGGCCGGUUGCCGUGGAAACGCUGGCCCAGGCUGGCUGA